CCCUUGUCCCAGUCUGACUGAACCGCUUCUUAUAUGUAUAGAGGAUUGGAGAUCAGUCCACCUGAGGAUCUCAGUGACAAAACACUUUCCCAUUUUUCUCUUACUGAUCAGAAGGAGGCAUGGAUCUUCUCUUAAAUGACCAGACAGAUGAACUUUUGCACCUCAAUGUGUGUCUGGAUGAGCUUUCACCUCAAGAUGGGAUCAUGGAGCUGCUCAAAACCCUGAGACCACAGUGGAGAGCUGAGGAUAUCCAACUAAAGGUGUUUACAGAGGGCAUCACUAAUAAACUGCUGGGCUGCUCGGUGAGCUCAGACUCGUCCAUGGUGUUGGUGCGAGUGUAUGGACGAAUGACUGAGCUUUUUGUUGACCGUAAGAAAGAGAUGGAGACAAUGAAGCUGUUGCACUCUCAUGGCUGUGGCCCAAAACUGUACUGCAGCUUCCUCAAUGGCAUCUGCUAUGAGUUCCUGAAGGGCAUUGCUUUGGAUGAUGUUCUGCUCCAACAGCCUUCUGUCUACAGACUGAUUGCAGUAGAAAUGGGGAAAAUCCACUCCAUAAAGCCAAAGUCCAACUCAUCUGUGGAACCUGUGUUGUGGUCAAAGUUGGAAAAUUACCUGCAAUUAUUGCAGAAAUGUGAAAAUGACGAUGAUUUGCUACAGCAAGGUUCACAGUUGGACAUUCCCAGCGUGGACGUGUUAAUCAAUGAGUUGGAGGAUCUGAAGCGACACUUGAACAGGGUGGAAUCUCCAAUAGUGCUGUGUCACAACGACCUGCUGACCAAAAACAUCAUCUACAACUCAGAUGAAGAUGUAAUUAAAUUCAUUGACUACGAAUACGCUGACUUUAAUUACCAGGCGUACGACAUCGGAAACCACUUUAACGAGUUUGCAGGUGUGAAUGAUGUGGAUUAUAGUCUUUACCCGAGUCGCGAGCUGCAGUGCGACUGGCUAACAGUUUACCUGCAGAACGUACGAAUCAACUCCCGAGUCGACUCCCAAAUCACUCAGAGAGAAGUGAACACUCUGUAUGUCCAAGUCUGCAAAUUCUCACUGGCAUCUCACCUGUCAUGGGGUCUGUGGUCUUUGUUACAGGCCAGAUAUUCCAAAAUCAACUUUAAUUUCUUAAAAUAUGCUGCUGCUCGGUUCAGCCACUACUUUAAGAAGAAGGAGGAGUAUUUAAGAAUGCCACUUCCUUAAUGAGUGAAUUAUCAUUUCAUCUGAGUAAAAAUAAAUUCCACCAAAUUUAAAUAAAAUGAUUCAGUUUUAACUUCA